AUGCCGCACCGGACGUCUUCCUCCUGGUACACCGCCGUCUCCGGCUGCGUGCGCUGCGGCCUCGAAUCCACGGCCUUCACCCUGCUGCGGGUCAUGCGGGAGCGUGACGUCCCGCUCAGUGGCUUUGCGCUCGCCAGCCUCGUCACGGCCUGCGAGCACCGGGGCUGGCAGGAGGGCGCGGCGUGCGGCGCCACCAUCCACGCGCUCACUCACAAGGCGGGGCUCAUGGGGAACGUCUGCAUCGGGACUGCGCUCCUACACCUCUAUGGCUCCCGUGGGCUCGUCUCGAAUGCCCAGACUGUUCUGGGAGAUGCCUCAGCGGAACGUCGUUUCUUGGACAGCGCUCAUGGUGGCAUUGUCGUCAAAUGGGUGCAUGGAAGAGGCAUUGGUAGCCUAUCGUCGGAUGAGGAAGGAAGGGGUUAUGUGCAAUGCAAAUGCAUUGGCUACGGUGUGGCAAAUUCGCUUAUCACCAUGUUUGGGAACCUCAGGAGGGUGCAGGAUGCGGAGAGGCUCUUUGAUCGGAUGGAGGAGCGUGACCGUAUAUCGUGGAACGCGAUGAUAUCCAUGUACUUGCAUGAAGAAGUCUAUAGCAAAUGCUUUAUGGUACUUUCAGAUAUGCGUCAUGGUGGAGUGAGGCCUGAUGUGACGACUCUGUGCAGCUUGGUAUCUGUCUGCCUCAUCGGAUCUUGUUGCCCUGGGAAGUGGGAUUCACUCCCUGGGAAAUUGGAUGAGGCAGAGUCUCUGUUCUGGAACAUGAGCAGACGGGAUUUACUCCAAACUGAUGAAAGUCCACCAAACUACUUGACAUUUUCCAGUGCUCUAGGAGCAUGUUCAAGUCCAGAAGCCUUGAUGAAUGGCAGAACAAUUCAUGCCAUGAUAUUGCAGCAGAGUCUUCAGAACAUCCUACUGAUUGGUAAUUCUCUUCUGACAAUGUACAGUAAAUGCAAUUCUAUGGAAGACGCGGAGAGAGUAUUUCAGUCAAUGCCAUGUUAUGAUGUUGUUAGUUGCAAUGUGCUUACUGGGGGCUAUGCAACACUGGAGGAUGUUGCAAACGCAAUGCGUGUGUUUUCUUGGAUGAGGGGUACCGGGAUAAAGCCAAAUUGUAUCACAAUGAUAAAUCUCCAGGGCACCUUCAGAAUCAACAAUAAAAGUGCCAUUUCCUGGAACGCCAUCAUAGCUGCCAAUGUACGGCAUGGCCACGGAGAGGAAGCUCUAAAGCUCUUCAUGGAUUCACGGCAUGCUGGAAAUAAACGUGAUCGUUUUUGUCUAGCUGAAUGUUUGUCAUCCAGUGCAAGCUUGGCAUCAUUAGAAGAAGGCAUGCAGCUCCAUGGCCUUAGCGUGAAAAGCGGGCUAGAUUAUGAUAGUCACGUUGUUAAUGCUGCAGUGGAUAUGUAUGGAAAAUGUGGAAAGAUGGAUUGUAUGUUGAAAAUGCUGCCUGAUCCUGCCUGUCGGCCUACGCAAUGCUGGAACACAUUGAUAUCAGGUUAUGCAAGAUAUGGCUAUUUCAAGGAAGCUGAGGAUAUGUUCAAGCACAUGGUCUCAAUGGGGCAAAAGCCAGACUAUGUGACAUUUGUUGCUCUCCUCUCAGCUUGUAGUCAUGCUGGUCUAAUAGACAAGGGCAUGCAUUACUAUAACUCUAUGGUACCUACAUUUGGUGUUUCUCCUGGAAUUAAACAUUGUGUUUGCAUAGUGGAUCUCCUUGGGCGUUUGGGACGAUUUGCAGAGGCAGAAAAAUUUAUUGAUGAAAUGCCAGUCUUGCCAAAUGACCUAAUAUGGAGGAGUUUGUUGUCAACAAAUGUUGACAAAUUGAGAAGUCACAUGAAGAGUAUUAAGUCAAACAAAAGACCUGCCUGCAGCUGGCUUAAGUUGAAGAAUGAGGUGAGCACCUUUGGUAUAGGUGACCGGAGUCAUAUGUGCGCAGAACAGAUCUAUGCUAAGUUGGAUGAAAUCUUGCUAAAGCUCAGAGAAGUAGGUUAUGUCGCUGAUACCUCAUCUGCACUACAUGAUACGGAUGAAGAGCAAAAAGAGCAUAACCUUUGGAACCACAGCGAGAAGCUUGCAUUGGCAUAUUGGCUUCUUCUUGUGCCAGAAGGAUCUACAAUAAGGAUAUUCAAGAAUCUCAGGCACAUCCUGAGGCAAAGGGACUACCAAUUCCUCAACGCUAAACCCAUAUCCGGUCCUCACCACAGCUGUGCGCUUCCAGCUUCGUCCAAAGGGAAGAUGAGGUCCCAUACUGGACGAGCAACCUGGACAUGGCUAUGGCUCCUCAGCCUCAUGCCCCGGCAAUAG